AGCUGUCGCUGGUGGUUUGACGGAUGGGGAUUGACCUUGUGCGCCGGUUUCACCACCCAUUUCUACAUUUAUGGCAAUGGAAAAAUAAACACCAGUGACGUGGAGGGGGAGAAGAUUCUGUCUGCAAAUGAUUUAGUUGGUAUCCCUCAUCCCACCAACAGCAAUGGUAACAGACAUUUGAUAAACGCUAAUGUAAAACAGAAGUCAACACGCAAUGUUUUUACCACUUUUUCAAAAGUGGGCAGCAAAGAGGGUGUUGUUCAUAAGAAGAAUAUGGACUGUAUAAAUGACAAGGACAAGGCCUUGGAUUUCACUAAUCACUACGAGGGAAAGUUUUUGGACAAAAAGGAGUCUGCAUUGUUUCUGAAUGGGGUGGUAAACUCUGCUCAUAUUACAAAUGGUUACUCCAGCAAGUCACCCCCUGAUAACGAUGGCAGUGGCUCAGAAGGUGGAUAUACUACUCCUAAGAAACGCAAGGCCAGACGCAACAGCAUCAAGAACACAGAGCAUGUGACAAGAGAAAAGGAGAGAGCCAUGCAGCAGGGCAAUGCCACACAGGAGCCAGAGGUUUCUGGACUUGAACCAACAGAGAAAAUGGUGAGCUCGCAACUUGUCCAUAAAGCAGACGCCCAGACAGCAGUCAGGCGGAUAGAUGCUCCAGAGGUGGCUAUGGGUGAACUGCAGAAGAAAAACUCAGACAGUAAGACUGCUGCAGGUGCCUUUGGUAAAAGGUUUGAGAAUAGGCCCAAAGCCAAGCUCUCCUCCUCUUCAAAAGAGGACUCUUGGACUUUAUUCAAGCCUCCUCCAGUAUUUCCUGUGGACAACAGUAGUGCUAAAAUAGUGCCCAAGAUUAGUUAUGCAAGUAAAGUUAAGGAGAACCUCAACAAAGCAGCCCAGGCUGGAGGAGAGGUACAGCCUCCUCAGGUGCCUGGUAGACUGUCACAGGUCCCCAUGUCCGCUAUGAAAACCAUCAUCUCCGCUAGCUUUACUAAUGGCCCCGUUUCUGGAGAUGGAAAUAGUUGCCCGUCUGUUGGUACCUUCUUCACUCCUGCUGCUAGUAGUAUUCCGCCAGCCCCCUCUCUCCCAUGUGGGGAGAACGUAGCAUCCACUUUGGACAAUGACUGUAACUCUCUAACCAACCCUGCAGCAGCAGCUGUAGAUCUGAGAAAGUGUACUCUUUUCAUUUACCCCCUAAACCCUUUAAAUAUGCAACCUGUGCUCCCUAGUGCUCGCCAAGUGGACACCCAGGCCGCUCAGACAAAUCAGAAAGCCUUGGGGGACAUUUUCCAGAAUCAGUGGGGCCUGUCUUUCAUCAAUGAGCCAAAUGUGGGGCCAGAAGGAGGAAGUGGGCCAGUGGCUACUGUGGAGGGCAAGGAUGUGGUGGUAACAUUUCAAGGGGAGCAAUGCCCUGCUGCCAAGCCAGGCCUUGACUGUAAUCUAUCAAUCCCUGAGCCUUUGCCUCUCACUUUGGCUCAAGACUCAGAGAAAAGGACUAGUGCCCUAGCUUGCCCCCCUGCUACAGUGAAAGAUGAGGAUGGGGAAAAGGCUCAGCUGUCUAGACAGGACAAGACAAAGGGCGAGGCUAAGAGUCCAGGUGCAGUUUUGUUGGCCUCUUGUAAAGACAUAAGUGCUGAGCCUUUCCAGGCCCCCCUGACCAACAUGGUGUUGGGGCUGUCUAAAGAGCAGGCUCACUCUAAGAGCCUGGACAGAGGUAGCUGGGGGUCGUUUGAUCUUAAAGCUGCUGUUACUUAUCACACUAAAGAAAUGGAAUAUGUUUUCAAUUUGCAAAAACAAGAUCCAAAAAGAGUAGUCUGUUAUGACAAGACCAAGGAUGGACCUGAUCAGUGAGGUAGUGAAUGUCAACAAUUACAUGUACCUUCUCCCUACCUGGGUGCUGCAGUUAUCAUCUUUGGUGGUUAUGAUCCCUUUGGAAAACAAAAUCGAGUCAACUGUGAUAUUGGGACUGAAAGAUGUGUCCUGUGACAAACUUUUAUUGGAAUAGAGAAUGGGAUAAUGGGGAUUCGUUUUUUGGGGGGGGCAUCGGAGAAGAGGAAGAAGACAAGGGGAGAUGUAAUAUGAGGACAUAUUAAUCCAAUUAUUGGCAUUAAGUUGAGCGCAGGAGCUUCUGCUGACGCUCUGGACUGCACAAAGACUCAAACACUUGAAAGAAAGAAAUGUUGGGUGCCUCUCCCAUGUGAAUGGACACUUAUGACACUUUCUGCUGUAAUAGACAUUGGUCUCAUAGCUCCUUCCUCUGGGUGUUGGGGACAAAUAAGACGGAGGAAGGCGCAAACUGCACCUCCCGAGCCUUUAUCCUGUUGCCCAUUGAAAAGUGGCGAUUAUCAGUCUGACAGUAGGAUGCCUCAAUAGUUUUAUUUCCUCAUGCAUUCAAAUUAGUCCAAUAUAUGUAGAUUUGUGUGUGUUAUGAUUUAUUUAUACACAUCAGUAUACAGUUGUAGUCGGAAGUUUACAUACACCUUAGCCAAAUACAUUUAAACUCAGUUUUUCACAAUUCCUGACAUUUAAUC